ACCGUCUUCCCUUGGUUCUCUCGGUAGUCCGCCGCCGCCUCUUCAGCGACCCGCCAGCGUCUCCGACCUCGCGACUCGCGGAGCGGCGUCUUCGGCGCAGAGAGGCCGGUCUCGGAGUCGCCGCCAGAGUGCCUUUCAUCUGAGAAGUUCAAGGUACUUUGUAGAACUUCUGCCGCACAGACUGCACAUCUUGCAGCACAUUUGUGAGUGAUGGCUGCCAUCAGGAAGAAACUGGUGAUUGUUGGUGACGGAGCUUGUGGCAAGACCUGCUUGCUCAUAGUGUUCAGCAAGGAUCAGUUCCCCGAGGUGUACGUGCCCACCGUGUUUGAGAACUAUGUGGCAGAUAUUGAAGUGGACGGAAAGCAGGUGGAGCUGGCAUUGUGGGAUACAGCUGGGCAGGAAGAUUAUGACCGUCUGAGGCCCCUCUCCUACCCGGACACUGAUGUUAUACUGAUGUGCUUCUCCAUCGACAGCCCCGAUAGUUUAGAAAACAUCCCAGAGAAAUGGACCCCGGAAGUCAAGCAUUUCUGUCCCAAUGUGCCCAUCAUCUUGGUUGGGAACAAGAAGGAUCUUCGGAAUGAUGAGCACACAAGGCGGGAGCUAGCCAAGAUGAAGCAGGAGCCGGUCAAGCCCGAAGAAGGCAGGGACAUGGCCAACAGGAUUGGUGCUUUUGGCUACAUGGAGUGUUCCGCAAAGACCAAAGACGGCGUGAGGGAGGUGUUUGAGAUGGCCACGAGGGCGGCCUUGCAGGCCAGGCGUGGGAAGAAGAAGUCUGGGUGCCUUGUCUUGUGAGACCUCGCUGCAAGCACAACCCCAUGCGGUUAAUUUUGAAGUGCUGUUUAUUAAUCUUAGUGUAUGAUUACUGGCCUUUUUCAUUUAUCUAUAAUUUACCUAAGAUUACAAAUCAGAAGUCAUCUUGCUACCAGUAUUUAGAAGCCAAACAUGAUUAUUAAUGACGUCCAACCCCUCUGGCCCAGCAGGGCCCCUCUGACACCGUGCUGACAGCCCUCCUGUGCACUCCCACCUGACACACCAGGCGCUAAUCCAAGGACUUUCUUAACUUCUUGCUUCUUUCUAGAAAGAGAAAAAGGUGGUAAUUUUGUGAAUUAGGCUGUAACUACUUUAUAACUAACAUGUCCUGCCUCUGACCUGUCAGCUGCGAGACCUCUGGUGAGUCCCCACUUCAGAACUCUCCCUCCUAAAUGGGUUUCAUGGGCAUGUCUCUGAAGUGGACCUCCAGCUUUCUGAGCAUGUGCUCAGCCAGAAAGGCCCACGUCCAUGCAGCUGUGGCAAAGUUACACUUCUGUGGUUUCAUGUUAGUUACCUUAUAGUUACUGUGUAAUUAGUGCCACUUAAUGUAUGUUACCAAAAAUAAAUAUAUCUACCCCAGACUAGAUGUAGUAUUUUUUGUAUAAUUGGAUUUCCUAAUACUGAUAUUUGUCAUCUCUGCAGAAAGUGUAUUGGUUUUUUAAAAAAAGAAAGUGUAUUUGAAAAUAAAGUCAGAUGGAAACUUCCUUUUAAAAAUUCCCAUUUUGUCAGUUUCUCUGAUAAAAGAUGGCCACGUGACCCCUUUUCAGCCCCGCAAUAACCUCUCAGUACCUCCCCCCACCCCAACCUCUGAGCUGGGCUAAGUAUAUAGGAUUUUGGUUCCACGCCUGAGGCAAUUAGACACUUUGGAAGGUGGCUUAGCCUGUCUCACUGGACUGCAGGGCCUGGCUCCGGUUCACAGUGUCCCCUCUCCUCACUGCAUCCAGCUUCCCUCCCAGAGGAGCUCCAGGCCUUGGGUGGCACUUGGGUUUCUCCUCUCCAGCUGACUAAACCUUUUUUCUGUACCAAGUUAAUUUUUUCCAACUACUAAUAGAAUAAAGGCAGUUUUCUAAA